ACAACAACAACAAAAAACUGUUUGCGUGAAUCCAUAACAACAAUGAUGGAAAAUAUUUUGUGAAAACAAAUAGAAAUUUUGUCAUUCGAUUCUUCGUGGUUUAAUUGUGUUUUCAUAAACAAUUAAUGUUCAUUAUUGUUGAAUUGAAAAAUUCAAAUUAAAACAAGAAAAAACUGGCCACGUCAAUAAUAAUAACCGCUGGUAUCUUUUUUCUCUGAUGACUAGUUAAGAUUUUUUUUACAGCAAAAAAAGAACCUUUGUGCUUAUGUUUCUGUGUGUUUACGAUUCAACCAAUGCAUUGAUGAUUCUUAUAAUUAACCUUGAUAAAUACAACGGCAACCAAAAUCAACAUAACCCCAUCAACAAAAUCAGAUUGUCAUCAAUUUUUGUUACUAUGGUCAUAAAUAGCCGUGGCAAUCAAUUAAACCUGAUACGGCAACGACAAUAAUGAUCAUGACUUUUUAGAUUUUUUUUUUUGGUCAAAAGCGACGAUAUUUUUGAAAAAAAAUUUGAUAUUUUGUUUAUUUCAUUGACAAAGAAUUCAAGUAGGAAAAAAUCCCUUUUCAUAAAUGUUGACAAUGUCUCAUAAUGCUUCCGAACGUGGAAGCUGGAAAGAAUCGUAUCGAUCAUCAGAUUCGGUUGAAUCAUCCGAAGAUUCGGAUAAUUCAUCAACAAAUAGUAGUCUUAAUGGUAGUAGUAAUCGACAAAAUAGUAAUUCCCAUCUACCGCCACCAAUCGGUUGCAUUACAACGCAUCGUGUUUCGGCUGUCAUUAGACCGGAGAUCAAAAUUCCACCAAUUGAUCCAUUACAAUUUGUUAAGAUACAAAAAAAUGAACUUUCAAAAACGGCCGUUGAACAGAUAAAAUUAGCGGAAGAAGAAAAGAUUACCAAAGAAAAAAUUAAAGAAGUUGAAGAAGAAUGGCAAAAUAAUCUGAUGAGUUGGAAAUCCAAACGAAAGUUGACGAAAAAUCAUUCAGAAGAUGAAGCAUUGCCACGUAAUCCUAAUCGUAAAACGAAAACAUUUUCUGAGAUAUUAAAUGAAAAAGCUAAGUCAGGCGCCAGAAUUGGCUAUAAUCUACAUAAAUACAUUGAUCCAGAUUUGGAAGAUGAUUUUAAUAAUUCUCAAAUAACAGAGUUUAUGUCGACAAAAGAAGAGUAUUUAGAUGAAAUGACCAAAACGAAUGGUGAGUCAAAUGUUUCACGACCGAAUAUGGAGAGCAGCAGAUCAAAAAAUUCGAAUUCAACUGUAAAUGAACAAUCAAAGACGAAAACCAAUUUGGAUCGUUUCAUGGAAAUGAACAAUUCAACUGAUGACAUGAAUAUGGAUAAAAUGUCUAGAAAUGGUCUUGGUGAAGUUGUCGUUUUUAAUACAUCACUUCUGGAAGAAUUUAGUGUCAAAUCUGAACAACAACAACAAUGUGAUAUACAACAACAGCAGAAACCAAAUAAAUCAUCCAAUAUUGAUAAAGAUGAUCAUCAUUCUAAAGGAAUUCAGAAAGCAUCGCCUUAUUCUGUCACUGAUAGUGGCAAAAAUGAUUCACCUGUUCAUUCGGACAAAAAAGUUCAUGUGCCAAUCAAUGAUUGGAAAUCAAGCCAUCAAAAUUUGCAACAACAACAAUUAGCGAGAAAAUAUUCUUCAUCAAAUGAAGAUGAUGUACCAAAUACACAGAAUAGUAGCUUUGAAAUUGAUGAUGAAGAAGAAUUGGAUGAAGAAUUGGAAAAAUUAAGGAUAGAUCAAGAAAGAUCAUUUAAAGCAAAACUUCAUACAUUCGAAAUUUUAGCCAAACAAGAAGAAGAAGCAGCUAGACGUGCAGCUGAAGCUAACCUUAAACGACAACAAAAUCGAGCAAAAUUGGCCGCUGAACGAUCAAAGUCAUUGUCUAAUAUUAAUUCACAGCCUAAACAUGGAUUGGCAGCUUCAAGUUCUGUUUCCAGUUCUUCAUUACAGAAUAAAAAUGCUAAUAACAAUGGAAACAAUGAUUCUUCUAUCAAAAAAUCAGCUAAUAAUAAUAAACCGAUACAAAAUGUUAACAAACCAGUCAACAACAUAAACAAUAAUAAUGAAGAUCAUUAUUAUUUGACAUGCAAAAAUCAACCGACCAAUUCAGUUGUUUACAAUUUCAAAGAAAAACUCGAAACAAACACUUUAACUACGAUCGAUCAACCACAGCCACAAUCAUCAUCAUCACCAACGAUAACAGCAACGACCAAAGCAACCAUAGGACAAAAAUCAUCACAACCAUUGAAAAUUCAAACGCCAAAAACACAAUCAUCACAACCAAAUCAGGCGAUGAAAAUGAAUGAACAACCAGUGAUUAAUAAUAAAACAACCAUGAAUGAUUCUGUCGAACGAUCACAACGUGAACAAUCAUCAAUGAAUAAUAUUUAUGAAAAUGUUCCUUCACUAGCUACCAAUCAACAUCAACAUCCGACACAAUUGAUUCAUUCGAACACUGCCUCCUCCUAUGUUCAUCAACAACCACCAAAUGUCCAAUCACAAACAAUAUUAUCCAAUGAAAUUAUCGCUGAUCCUGAUGCUAUUCGUAAUGCAAGUCAAAAAUUAUUACAACAACAACAACAGAUUUAUCAGAAUCAACCACCCUUACAAACGACGACAACAACUACUUCAAUAAAACAUCCAUCAAUGGUUGCACCUUAUCCAAAUGAUCAUUAUUCAAAUAUUACAUCAUUACAUGGUAAUUUUGAUAGUAGCUCUAAACAUGAAUUUUUGAUGGACAAUAAAAUACCUAUGACAACAGGCAAAACUGGUAGUUAUCUUCACACGAUUUCAGAUGAUGUUGGAUUGCCACCAAUUCAGAUAACCAAAUCGAUACAGACAACAAUGCCACCGGCAUCUGAUGAUCAUCAUCCGGUAUAUCAGAAUCAAAUCAUUACCACUUCUCAAACAUUUCAUAAUUAUGAAAACAGCCCUGAAACAAUGAUGUUACCGGCUAGAGAUGAUCUGGUGAGUUUUUAUCCACCACCAGAGCCCAUUUUCCAAACACAACCUCAACCAUCACAUUAUCCCUUGAAUCCACUAUAUGUAAAUUCUCAAUAUCUUUAUUAUCCUAAGCCUUAUUUGGGUUCGACUGGAAAUGCACAUAUGAUGAAACCUGUUCCCGUUUCGAAACAAUCCACGAUGCCGAAUAAUGCAACACGUCUGCCAACAACAAGUCGUUAUGGUGCCAAUGGCUAUAAUCCAAAUCAUUGGGUCAUACAGGAAGCCGAAUUACGACAAUCUACACAAAGAAUGCACCAGCCACCACCACCACCACCACCAUCAUCAUCAUCACAAGUUUCGAAUAUGGCAGCUAAUAAUAAAAAUUGUCCUGGAUAUUUAUCAGUGUCGGGAAAAAAGAAAUGUUCAAAAUGUGGUGAUGAAUUGGGCAAAGGUUGUGCGGCCAUGGUCGUUGAAUCACUUUCUCUUUAUUAUCACAUUAAUUGUUUCCGGUGUUCUGUUUGUAACAUUCAACUUGGCAAUGGUACCGUUGGCACUGAUGUUCGAGUAAGAAAUAAUAAGUUACAUUGUCAAAAUUGUUAUUCUAAUGAUGAAGCUGGUCUCAAGUUCAGUCGUGUUUGAUUUCUGUGUUGCAAUUCAAUUUCCAAUGUUUGGCAAUGUUUGAUUCUUAACUCUCCACACCCUAUUCAUUCAUUAACAGAAAAUUUUCUCCAUUA